AUGGUCAAAUCUUACAACAAAGAACAUUGUUGUCUCCAAACUCAAAAUGUUAAAGCUUGUACUUAUAAGUUUCUCGCCAAAAAUAUUGCAACUCAGGUGGAAUCUAACCCAACUAUUCCAAUUCGUGCCUUACAAGAACAACUGCAACGUGAUUACCAAGUGGGACUUUCCAAGAUGAAAGUGUUUAGGGCUAGAACUGAAGCUCUCAAUCAGGUGCGAGGGGAUUAUGUUGGUCAGUAUGCUCUAUUGAGAGAUUAUGUUCUAGAACUUCAAAAACAUAACCCAGACACAACUGUGAAGAUUGAUGGAUUUGCUGCUAGAAGAAGAGACUUUCUUGGUCUCGAUGGUGCUUUUAUGAAGGGUCCAUACCCAGGACAAAUACUUUCCGUUGUGGGAAUUGAUGGUAAUAAUGGAACAUAUCCACUGGCUUAUGCUGUUGUGGAAUCUGAGAGUACCAACUCAUGGACUUGGUUUCUAACUUGUCUAGGGGAUGAUUUGGGUUUAGGAACCAACUCAAAUUUUACGUUUAUGACAGACAGACAAAAGGGAGUGUUACCUGCUAUAGCAAAGUUGUUUCCAUGCGAUGGGCAUAGUUAUUGUCUUCGUCAUAUCCAUGAAAACAUGAAAGCUAAUUGGAGGGCAAAGCAAUUCAAAGACCUGCUAUGGGAUUGUGCAAAAGCAUCUACUAUUCAACAGUUUCAACGAUCAAUGGAGGAACUUAGAAAACUUAAUAAUGAUGCGUAUGAGUGGCUUAAAAACAUUCCUCCUCAGCAUUUCUCUCGUAGAGCUCAUACAGAUGCUAUGCUUAACAAUAUGUGUGAAUCUCUAAAUAACAAGAUUGUUGAAGGUCGUGAUGUACCAAUCAUUACAUGUUUGGAGUACAUUAGAGAGUACUUAAUGAAGAAAAUUGUAACUGUGCAAAAGGAAAUUGAUAAAGUUGCAGGUCCCUUGAUUCCUAUAGCUACCAUAUGGUUUGGAAAACUGAAGAAAGAGGCUACACAAUUAAGGUCUGUUUUAUAUGGGAAUGGGAAAUAUCAAGUCAGUAAAAAUCUUCUAGAACAUUUUAUGAUAGAUAUGGGCCAACAAACAUGUUCAUGUAGAAGGUGGGAACUAAUAUGGAUACCAUGUGCACAUGCAAUAACAACUAUGUGGGAGAUGUUGAAGAACAAAGAAAUUGAUAAGAUACUCAAACAUUGGGUCCAUCGAACAUAUUGGAUAGAAACAUGGAAGAAUAUGUAUUCUUUUACAAUUCAGCCAAUCAAUGGAAGGAACAUGUGGGAGAAGUCUACAUGCCUUACAACCUUACUUCCUCCAAAACACCAUGUGCCUAUUGGAAGACCAAAGAAAAAAAGAAGGAGAUCUGCCAUGGAGGUUGAGGAUUUGGGACAGAAGGCUGAUGGUUCUCAAACUUCAAGGAAUGUUGGUGGAUCACAAACUUUAAUGAAUGUUGGUGGUGCUGGUUGUGCAAAAGUGAAGGUUGGAAGUGCAAAAGUGAAGGCUGGUGGAUCACAAACUUCAAGGAAUGUUGGUGGUGCUGGAAGUGCAAAAGUGGAAGAUGGAAGUGCAAAGAGUUUGCGAUUAGAAAAGGGUACAUGGCCUGACCAAUCAGAAAAGCAAUCAACUUUUAGAGAAAAUGAAGAUGGUCAGUAA